AUGGAAGAUCGUUUGAUGUAUUGCUCUGCUGCUCUUUGCCUUGUUACUUUUGUGGCUUUGAGGAUCUUCUUCCAAACAAGAUCAACAUCCAAAAACAUCACUCCAGGUCCGCCUUCCCUGCCGACACUGGGCAACAUCCUUCAACUGGAACGACCUCUUUUUCGCUUCUUCGACUCUAUUUCUCAAAACUAUGGCCCCAUCUACAGUCUCCGUUUUGGGUCUCAUCUUGCCGUCGUCGUUUCAUCUCUAUCGGCUGUCAAGAGUGUUUCGCUAAAAACGUCACCAUCUUGGCGAACCGUCUUCCCCUCCUCAAGACCAAGCACCUCCUUACAACAACAACACCGUCGUCAUGGCACCCUACGGCGAUUAAUGGCGCAACCUACGUCGUAUAAUUUCCCUCGACAUGUUAUCAGUGAAACGUAUCAACUCCUUCCUCAGCAUCCGAAACGACGAGAUUAA